AUGCCUUCUUCGGUCUCUGGAUCUACGGUAUCCACCCCUCCUCGAGGGGGUAUGAUCCCAAGGGCACAGGUGUCUCCUCCUCGGCCACAGGCCCGCUCAGCGGGCAUGGCUGAGAGACCGUCCCGAAAUGAAAAUCUGUCAGAUCUCGUUCGCUUCUUUCAGACCGCCCAGAGUACGCCUACACCGGGUCCUUCGUCUGUGCAGGCACCUACGUCGCCGGAUAGUACUACGGCGUUGCCUGUGGUCACUGAAUCCGUGGAGCCAAAAGGAAAGCAAUUGGAAAUGGCAAAGGAAGUAAAGCCAUUACAUCGUCGUCUACUUCAAUUCACGCAGCGUCAGAAAAAGGAUUUAUUCCCAAAAUCCAAGCUCGAUGACAAUCAACGCCAGAUCGAGGCACUCCAAAGGGAGGGAUACCUCCUUCCGGCUCCCAAGCCAAGAAGCAACCAUUCGGCCAAGACCAGCAUCAGUUCGAAGAAUAGCCUGGAGCGCACAUUCUCAAAGUCCAAGAAGCAGGAUGUCGAGACCAUCGGACAGCCAUGGCUGGACAAUGAUACCAAGAAGGGACCUUCCGAUUUCAAACGUCGCUUGGCCUCUCUGGAUCUCAGUGAUUUCGGCUCAAUGGUCGACGUGGCCGUGUCCUUGUCACAACAGUUCGACGAUUCAUCGCCUCCGCCGUACCAGUCGCUCUCUUCAAGUGGUGCCGCAUCUCGGGGUGAACAAAAUAGUGCAUCUCAGUCGUCGCCGACACUCCCACUUUCAAGCUCUAUUUACUCUCGCUCAAACAGCGAUCGACCGAUGUCCCCACCCACAUCUACAGCGGGAACAUUGGGAAGUGUCUCCCAGGAUGACCCUGGGCGGCAAUAUUCCAGUGCAAGUGGUUCAAACAUGCGUACUGUGGACCCUGACACCAAACCUACGACUCAAGGUCUCAACAUCAAGCCUGUCGGUGAGGAUACACCGGCAUUGUCACGUCCAUCUGUUUCGAGCGAGUCAAAGCCUGACCAAUCCAUUGGGCCUGCUGAGACGGCUACCCAGACUUCGGACAAAUCCACUUCAAGCUCGUCCGGAAGUCCCCCUUCACAGCCAUCGUUGAAGCUCUUCCCUGACGUUGCACCUCCACGCAUGUCUAGCAAAAACGCAUGGAGGAUUUCAUCGGUGCCUCAGUACCAACGGCCUCCCAAUCCGCCUUCAUCGGCAGGUACAGAGUCUCCGCCUGGGGCAUCUGAGCUUAAGCCAGGGAAGUCAACUCCAUCUGAUAUUUCGUCGAGGAGAUCAAAAGACGAAGGGGCUCGACGUUGCUCUGGGGUUACCACGACAUCUGCAGUUUCCACAGAGUCUGCCACGGCUGAAAUCAACAAUUCUCAGCCAAGCACACAAUCCAAGACCAAGGCUCGUCCACCGUCGUUGGCCAUGGGCACCCUCCAGGCUUUCCCUCUUCCAGCACCCACGAGGCCUUUACCAUCGAUCCCACAACCUGGGCGUGCACCGCCAGCUGUUCCGGAUGCCAAAACUACUACCACUGUUCGCACAGUUCGGUCUACUCUGAAAGCUCCGGAUGUUGAGCCCUCACAUCCUUCGCCCAUCGCAGAGCACCCAUGUGAACCGGGCCCUGACGAGACACAGGCUAAUGAGCCACCUACCGAUACUCGUGCUGCAACCGCACUUGGAUACGCAGGUGAGGCAGAUUCGGUGGCCGACCAUGAUAAUGCCAAAUCUAUUCACACCCCCGAGCGGCCAAAGUCAACAUCCCCAGAGCAGAGCACGCCUCGGCGACGUGCAUCCAGCAUUCGUAUUCCACGCAUGCAAGAUUUACCUGAAAGCCCUGAUCAUGAGGAACAGGAGGGUCUACCGAUUGCCGACUCUCCGCUUCUAGGACAAAUGACUCCGACAAAAGUUCAUGACAAGCGUGCUCCUCCUCCUCCUCUUCGAACACUCCGGAUCGAUCCUCGUCUGGAUCGCAAUAACCUCCCCUUCGGUUUGCCUUCGCCGCCACCUACCGCGGCUCUCCCCUCUGAACCUCCGACGCAACCUCUCCCUGAACGUCCUCAAGGGGGUCGGAAUUACACUGCCCCCAUCCCAGCGAGUCUGCACUCGUCCAAGGGCAUGGACCUGCAUUUCGCUGUGGGUCACCACAGGGCCUCUAUGAUCUCCCGCAGCAACAGCUCCCGCAGCAGCUUGCGCCACGAGAGUAUUCCCGAGUCCUCUGAACCAAGUCGCUGCGAGUCUCCACUUCCAUCCUCGGACGAUGAGGGCUUCGGUCCUGGCGCAGACACCACACGCUCUCAUCGCACGUCUGAGAAACAUCCCACGCGUGCUCAUCCCCUUCAUCAGGGCUAUGCCACCAUGGAUGCACGCCCCAGUCACGGCCGCCUACGCUACCCUCAUCCCAUCCGAACUCAAACACCUCAAGGCCGCUCCAGCCGUACUCUAGAAAAGAGUGCCAUGUCUCCUCAAUCAACAUACUCUCAACCUACACGUCGGUCUCGUGAAUCCCACAACACCCACCGCCCUCAACCAAACGCCAGCCAGAUGACUCAGUACCUUGAGGACCGGGUCGCCAACCUGGAACGCCAGAACCAAAUUCUUCAGGCCGCUCUGAUGGCCGCUCUCAAUGCCGGCGUCAAGAAUCCCUUUGAAGGCCUAGGUGAUUCUGCUCUCCCCCCCGGCUUUUCUCAUCUAAGCCAUCCGAGUCCGUAUCAGAGUCGGUUCACGCCACGUCCGGAGAGCUGGGUCAGUUCAUCACAUAGCAGUGAGAAUAGCGGGUUCGAGACGCCCGGGUCGUAUCGUGAGGGGCGGCCUCAUGUGCGACAAUCGGAUAACAGGAUGGAGGAUAUUGAGAGUGGUGGGUGGAUGUCGGAUAAAUCGAGUAUGAGCGGUGCCCGGAUGGCGAGAAGUCGCUAA